AUGUGUAGGAAAAUAAUUUGGAUUUGUUUGAUUCUUCUAUUAACUUUUUUUAGAUCAAGUUAUGAGAUAAAGGUCAAAAAAUUAUCAAAAAAUUUUGAAUCGAAAAUAAAUAAUUUAUUAUUUGAUUUAAGUUUAAAAAAAGUAAAGAAACUAGAAGAUAAUUCUUUCACAGAAUAUGAAAAAAAGAAAAAGGGAAAUUUUAAAAUUUUCAAUUUUCAAAAAGAAAAUGAAUAUAAAAUAAAAAUAGAUAACUUAAAAAAUGAAGAUGAAAAAAAAUUAUAUUUAUUUAAAAAUGGAUCAUCUGUAAAUCUAAAAAAUUCUAAUUUUGCUACAGAAUCUUCAUACUUUGUACAUAUAAAAAGAAAUGACCCAUAUUUAUCUAAAAUGAACAAAAUUAAAGAAGAUAAAAGAAAUGAAUCAACAAAUAAUAUUACAAAUUCCUUCAUUCAAAUUAGAAAAUUAUUAUCAGAUGAUAAAGAAUUGUUAAAAGAAUAUAAAAAUUUAAUGAAUACAAUUAAUGACUAUUUAGAUAAAGCAAAGGUUUAUUUCAUUACAGCAAUUUCUUUAGAUGAUCUUGGUGAUUUUUACAUUAAUAAUCGUCAUAAUGAAAAUUAUAAUCAAGAUUUUAAAUUUUAUAAUCAUGUAACUAAAAGAAAUAUUGAGGAUUUUCAUAAAUAUUCACUGAAAGCUUUAGAUUUCAAUAGUGAAACAAAAGAUGAAAUGAGAGCAAAAUUUUUUAGUUUACUAUUACUAAAAAAAGACUUAAAAAAAAAGGAAUUAUAUGAAAAAAAAUUGCUCCAUUUUAAGUCAAAAAUAGUAGAGAGUCAAAAAAUUACAAAAGAACAUAAUGAAACAUGUUCAAAAAAAAUGAACGAUGUUUUUGCUAAUUUACAGUACAAUUUAUCAUAUCGAUAUUGUUGGGGUAAUUUUUGUAAUCUCCGUGAGUGUUCAAGUACAGAUUAUUAUGGUAAAAUAUGUUGCUAUUUAUUAAAUUGUCUUAAUAAUAUAAUGUCUUCAAGAUAUUUAUCUAGAAUAAAAAACGUAAUAAAUAAAGAUCUAGAUAAUAAUUUUAUUACAGAAGUUGAUGUUUUCUUGAAUUCUUUGAAAUUAGAAGAAAUUAAAAAAAGAAAUUCUCAAAGAAAUGUAAAAAUCCAUUUAAUUAUGUUAAUUGAAAAAAUUAGAGAUAUUAAAAAUGAUUAUGUGAAACAGUCAAAUUUUGCAUAUACUAGUUUUAAUAAAUUAGUAAAAUUACAGAAUGAUUCUCUUAAUGUGAGCUUUUCUAGAUGGAAUAUUUCAAGAGAGCUUGCUCCUGUUCCGAUUGAAUUUAAGAGAGUUUUCCAUUAUCUAGAUUGGAACGAAGAAUUAAGAGAAAAUUUUUACCAUUAUAAAAGAGAAUUUUAUAUUUUAUUUUAUGGAUUAUGA